AUGGCUUCUUCUAAAGCUUAUUACAAACACUUCACCAUUACAAUUCUCCUUCUCUCCUUCACAUUAACUUCUCUUGCCGGUAACGCCGAGAACGCGGACGUUAGCGAAUGCAAAGCUGAACUCGGAGAUUCAUCAUGCCGCAACAACAAAGUAGCACACAAGCUUAAAAUCAUAGCAAUCCUAUCGAUCUUAGUGGCGAGCAUGAUCGGCAUUAGCUUACCAUUGUUUUCAAGUUAUAUUCCUGGUUUAAAUCCCGAGGGAAAUGUGUUUGUGAUCGCUAAGGCUUUAGCUUCGGGUGUAAUUUUGGCUACUGGUUUUAUGCACGUGUUACCGGACUCUUUCAAUGAUCUCAGCUCUAAAUGUUUGCCCGAAGAUCCGUGGAGGAAGUUUCCUUUCACUACUUUGAUCGCGAUGGUUUCGGCUUUGUUUACGUUAAUGGUUGAUGCCUUUUUCAUGAGUGUGAUAACUAGGAAUCGAGAGGGAGAAGUCAAACCCAUUCAAAAUGGAUCUAAUUCUUUGGACGUCGAAACCCUAGAAAAUGGAUCUAAUGUUGUGGAGAAACAAGAUGAGACAAGUCAACUUCUAAGAAAGAAAGUCAUUGCUCAGGUGUUGGAAUUAGGCAUUGUAGUUCACUCGGUCGUGAUUGGUCUUGGGAUGGGAGCUUCGGAUAACCAAUGUACCAUUCGAUCACUUAUCUUGGCGCUUUGUUUCCAUCAGUUCUUCGAAGGAAUGGGACUCGGUGGUUGCAUUCUACAAGCCGAAUAUGGAGUUAAAAUAAGAUUGAUAAUGGCGUUCUUUUUCGCGAUCACAACACCGUUUGGGAUUUCUUUAGGGAUGGGAAUACAAAAGACAUAUGACGAGACAAGCCCAACCGCAUUGAUCGUAGUCGGGGUCUUGAACGCAUGUUCCGCGGGAUUAUUGAUCUACACGGCCCUUGUUGAUCUCUUGGCUCAUGAUUUCUUCGGACCAAAAUUGCAAGGAAACAUAAAACUUCAGGCAUUUGCUUUUGUUUUUGUCUUUAUAGGUGCUGGAGGAAUGUCUGUGAUGGCUAUAUGGGCAUAG